CCCGCCCCCGCCCGGGUCCAUCCUUCAUGAAGGGAACCCGCCCGCUGCUGCUUAAACGUGGAGGGAAGGACGCGGAGAGGGACGCUCGCAGCUGACUGUUGUUACUGCGGUUAAAAUUUACGGCUCUGUCGACACAUUCAGAGCAUUUUCACCACAUCGCUGGACCGAAAGGGAGGGACUGUUUCUUUCUGCAGAAGUCUUCAAGCUCCGAGUCGGCGGCGGUUGAAAAAGGAUAUUAAAGUGCGAGAGGAACUGACAAAGACAAGUGAGGGGGGAAUGAAACCGGAUGGGGUUGCGAUGGAAACCACGGAGCCCACUGAAGCUGCUGUAGCAGCAGAGCCCUCCUCGUUGCAGGAAAACAUAUUGGAUCAAGCCUCGUCAAAACCGGAGGAAGCAGGAAAUGAUGUUGCACCCGGGGCUUCUCCGAAGGCCAAUGGUAAGCCAGCGGCAGCAGAACCCAAAGUCAAACCAAAAGGUGGUGCAGCUAAAACCCAGCCACCAACCACUGCUAAAUUCGCAGGAGCUUCCAGAUCCAACUCACGGCCAGGUACUGCCUCUCACCGCACGGUGAAUGAAGUCAAAUCGUCUAACAAUGUUUCUGCAGCCAAAACAACGGGUACAGCAAAAUCACCAGCGGCGGGAGCCGUACCUAAAAGACCAAUGGGUGUAGCAGUGGUUUCCACCACUGUCAAGAACCAAACUCGAGUGCUUGACAGAAAGCCUGUUGGAUUGGCCAGGACCACCUCUGUUGCUGCUGCCACAGUAACAAAUGGUACCAAACCAACAACAGUGAAUGGCAUUGUUAAGAAGAGACCAGUGGCUGAGACUGUUAGACCCAAAACCACAGUUACUGCCAGCAGACCAGUGGCGUCCACUGCCCCAAAACUCGGCACUUCGACCACAACAAAAGCUGGUGCUGUAGCCGUUUCAAAGACCACCAGGCCCACUACAGGUCCCUCAACAUCUCGACCUGCAUCAACCACAUCCAGGCCCGCUACAGCCAAGCCCUCCACUUCUGCAACUGCCAAAACCGCUGCUACUAGAGUUACCACAGCCUCCUCUACUGGCAGGACCACAGCAGCACAGCCUCCCAAAACUGCUGCUGCUGCUAAGAAAGAUGUCAGUCGACCACCACCUGCUGCAGUUGCUAAGAAACCAACAGCUACAACAUCCGCUGCUACCAAAAGACCUGAACCCUCCAAACCCACGGCCAACGUGAAGCUCAGCUCUGCCUCCAAAUGGUCCCCACAAGCGAAGACAGCAGACCCCAAGUGGUCGCAGGCCAAAACUCAACAGCCUGCAAAAUCUACACCCACAAAGAAACCUGUAGCUGCUGUUCGGUUACCUGCCCUUAACAAACCGCCCCUUGGCCGAACCCCACCUGCCUCUCCAGCCAACAAACCUGCAAACAGCAGCACCUCUCAGACAAAACGUGGAACCAAACCCACUCAGGCUGUCUCACCUUUCACUGCUGCCAAGAAGACGACGGUUACACAUACUACCAUGCCUGCUGUAGAAGCACAGAGUGCUGCCACAGCAGCGGUAGUAGCUGCCACUGCAACAACUGUGCUAGCAGAAACACAAACAGAAGCUACACUGUCCUUACCACAAGCGUCAAUUUUUGCUGCCUCUGCACCAGAGGAGGUCCUUCGCCCAGUCUUGGCCCAGGAUAACGAAACAGAGGCGGUAGAGACUGCUCAAAGCCAUACAGCCGCUUCCUCUCCUCCACGGAGCCCUGCCAGGACAGCCUUACCCCAAACAUCCCCACCCCAGGAGCAGCUACAAAGCAGUGUUCCCUUAAUACUAACGCAGAUGCCUGCCAGUGCUGAGCCUACAUUACCACCAGUGGCCUCCCCUCCAGACCUAUCAGAGGAGCCCGUUUACCUGUUGACAGACCAAACCCCCUCCACAUCUAAAGCCCUCGCAGCAGCAGCAAGUUCCAUCCCUCAGAUUGUUUCUUCUACCAAUCUAAAUGAGGAGGAUGAUGAAGAGGAGAGGGAAGGAAGCCAGCUGGUUUCUGUGUCUGAAAUGAGUGGAACUACACAGCCCACAGAGGAGUCUCGUCCUGGGUCGGCUGGACAAGUAGGAGGGUCUGCUUGGAGGGCCGGUGGUGCCUUGCUCUCUGAGCUGGACUCUGAGGAUGUAAGCGGCAGCCAGCAGGGUGCAUCUGAAUUAAGUGCCCCUGGUGUCCUGGAGGGCACAGAGAGCCUGGACGACCUUGGAGACGGCAGUCUCAAAGGAGCCAUUGACAUGGAAGGAGCCUCGGCGGGGUCACCUGACUUUGAGAAGGUCCCUGACAUACCAGCGAAUGAUUUUGAUGAGGACGAAGAUGACGACGAUCGAGUGUGUGACAUGGAUGUGGGCUCAGAGCGGGUAGAUGAACAGCAGAGGCCCAGGCACGACAAUGACGUGGAUGAUGAGGAGGAGGAGGAUGAAGAUGUAGAGAUGGCUAGUGAGGGGGUGACGGAGAGUGGGUUGGAAAGCUAUGGCAAUGCGGAUGAGGAUGACUUUGCUGAGGAUGAAAGGCUGGACAACCUGAACAGAGUGGCCCAGCCUCCACCGCCCCCUCCCCUUCUGCCCUCUGCCCCCGCUGCUCAGUGGGACCAACCGAACCCCUUUGCUGAUCCCUGGGCAGAACCUCUUCAGCCACAACAGGUUCAUAAGCAUGUCUCCCAGUCCGUACAGGGGGCUGCUGCAAAUGCAGCAAGCCCUUUGGCAGACCCCUGGCAAGCAGACUCUGAGACCCCAACUCAGACUCAAGCCCGAGCCUGGCUAGAUCUAGGCUCUGCUUCUCUUGUUCCUGAAAACCAAGAAGGUCUCCAUCAUUCCUCUGUUAAAGAUGACCCACAAAGUCUGGAGGCCCAAAUGUUCAUGAAUCCGUCCAGCCCAGCUCCAAUGCAGACCCUGGUCCCAGCGCCCCUCUCUGCACCAGGAAUGUCUCUGUCAAGCACCCUGAGCAGUGAAACGAGCACACCCGAGGAACUCUGUGACUUCAAUGGAGACGGGAAGCUCCAGCCUCAAGAUGUGCAAGCCGCCGUGCUUUCCCCACACCCUGACCAGGACUACCAGGACCUGGGAAUCCACUUGGAGGGAGAGGAGGAAGCUGAAGCAGAGACCCUGCCUGCUGAUGAAGUAUUGGGAGGCCCUGCGACUGCCCCCACUUCCAACCCCUCCUCGUCCUCAGAAACGGAAGAGGAGGCCAGCGACACAGAGGGAGAAGCUCAGUUGGAUGAUUCCUUGGAGAGGCCAGCGGUCUGCAGCUUAAUCUUUAACUGCCAGCCUCCAGCCCAGCGCUGCCUGUCCACUGUGGAAGAGGGAGAGGACGAGGUUUGUGCAGUUGAAGACGCCACCCCACCCUCGGCUACAUCAUUGGCGUCUUACGGCUUUGACACCAUGACCACAGCUUCAAACUCCAACGCCCAGUCCACAGGGGAGAGCUGCAUCAAGAGCCCUGGCAUCUUCUCCCUGGAGGAGCUUCCUGAAGAGGCCAAGGAGCCUGGUCUGAUCCUGCUGCCUCACCGUCAGCCAUCCCUCCCAGAGCAGCAGUACAUCGAAUGUGGGAAGCAGGAAACGGAGUCCGCUGAGCACGUCGGGGAGGAAGUGCCGAGGCCAGAGGAAACCCUGGAUACUUCAUCAACUCUGAGCACUCUGCAGCAACCAGAAGAAAACCCAGAUGACAUCCAGCCUCCUUACUAUUCCGCUAUCUGUGAAAAGACUGAGAACUCUUUCGCAGGUAAUGUAUAGUUCAUCAUCUCCCUAACAGCCCAAGUAAUGUCCCUUAACUCCCUGUGGCCCUGUUCCAGCACCCCACAAGAGCACUUAUGUAAAUCCUAUUGUCAAUGUUUGUCCUGAAAUCUCUGGGGGUGGAUAUAACCAAAGUUAAACCAAAAAAAAAAAGAGAGCAAAAAAGGAAGAAAUUAAAGAGGACAGCAGUGGCACUUCCCUCUAAUAUAACAUUUCCAUCAUGAGUAUAUGGCUUAAAUUCCUGUAUGUGCAAUAGCUACUACUAUUUACUCCUAAUGUGUGAGCGUGCCUGGGUUUUGGUUUCUGUUUUAUUUAACACAGAAUUGUGUGGUUGCCCUGAACUGCCAUGGAUUAGACUAGUCCGUUUACAGCUCUUUAAGAGGGGAAACAAGAAAAUGAAGCAUAACAAACAAAAUGUGGAAUGAACUUUAACAUGUUUUCAUGUAUAUUUAUCUUAAUACUUUUUACUGAACAAAGCUGAUAUAUGAGUUUUGAUUGUAUAUUCCUGUUUGAUUUUGCUCUCCUACUUUACGAUACAGGCAAUCUGCUUUACCCCCAAUCACUUCUCAUCUCUUCUCGCACUUUAAAUUGUACCCCCAUCCUUUUGUUGUUUAUCCAUCUUUUGGAGUAAUGAACCUUAAUACUUUAAAUAAAGAUUAGAUUUUUACCAUGA